CGCCUCAUGUCCCCCUACACGGUGAUCAUCCGUCGCAGCGGGAACCCCUUCGAACUGGCCCACGUAGCCACGUCAUGGCUUAUAGGCGCUGGCUAUGACGCUUAUGUGGCAGUUGGUUGUGCCAAGAGAGAUGUCUGCAUGGCCAUACGAUACCGCUCCGUCUGCCCGGAGAUACCUGAUGAAAAUGAGAAAGUAGAAGAUGAGGGGCCGCCUGAAGAAGAACCGAGAUAUAGACUGGUGCCUCUGCCGGACCUCUCAUCCAAAUACUGCGAGGAAAUGGAGAGAAAAGAAGCUGCCAGGAAACAGGCAGAGUGGGAGAAGAUAGAGAACGAACGACUGAGAAAGAUUGCGGAACUUGAAAAGCCACCUCCAGAUGAGAUAGAUGGCUGGAGAACCCACGCGUGGGUAAUCGUGCUCCCAGGGUCUGCUGGCGUGGAAGAGCCCUUCUUUAUAGAGCCCAGUGAAGGCAACAGGCACCCACUGGAAGCCGAACAGUACCAGCAUUUGGACUGUAUUUAUAAUCAUGAGAAUUAUUACGUUAACCUACAAGACUGUUCCUCCGGCCUGGACAAGAUAAACUAUGACGUCACGGAUCUGGAUCGUUGGGAGCACCUUCUGGCAGGAGAACCUUUCCACCGGAGACAGCUUGUGGGGAUUGACCAGGCAGACAAACGGACGGCUGUGGAGACGGAGAAACAUCUGGACAUGCCCGCCAGCUGGGUGGAGAAACUUGAUAUUUCUGCUGAUGAAUUUGAACAGAGAUACCCCGGCAGCCACAAGAUUAUCCACUACAAGAAAGUGCUUCUUGAGAAGUUUUCGCCAUACUCUGAGAGGGACGGCAUUGUGAAGAGGAUCAGCAUUUUUGACGACUACGCCUUGACUGCACAGCUGUUCACUUAUGAGUGGUACAAGAAUCGAGUAGACAAAAUGCUGACAUCGAGGUUAGACCACGUCAAAAAGGAAGUUCGGGAGAUCUUCGGCAUCGGCAGAAGAGACCAUCUGUUGAAGCACGUUUACUCUAUGGACGCGCCAGUGCAUUCAGUAGAAGGCGACAGGACGCUGGAAUUCAACUACUAUGCGCGUUUGGACCACCUCACCAAGCUGGUCUGCACGCCACUUACCUUCGAUGAAUACUACACGGCCAGACAGGAUAGGCUUGAAUCUCGCAAGAUUACGUACACAGAAGGCACAAAGGCUGAACCCAAACGCCAAGUUCUGGACAUUGUGGAGAUCUUCGCCAGGAACCCUGAUAUUCCGGCCAAGGAUGACAUUUGGAAGAAGAUCUUCCACCUUCAGGAAAAUACUAUAGAUUUGUUCUACCAUUACGCUUAUAAUUUUGUGACGAAUGACACUAGAAGCUUCGUAAAACCGAAUUUGGCUGAAACUGGUGGAAAGAUACUGUUCUAUCCUGAUAAGACUUCUGGAUAUAUUGCUGACCCUUGCGCCAAGCAACCUCGCCCUCUCAACGUGUACUACGCCCUCUGCGAGAACAUGGAGUGCGAAUACCGUUCAGAGAAACACAUCAGAGACAGGGAGACGGAUAUAAAUGGUUAUCUGAAGCAGAGACAUAAGGAACUGACUGAGCCAAUGCUGUUUGUAGCCUUGUUCGAUACUGAGAGGAAUGAGGCUGCGAAGAAAGGGUGGAAAGAACAGGAACUACAAAAAGCCGAGAUAUUGGAGCGCGAGAAAGAAGUGGAAAUUGAUCCCCUAGCGCCGUACCUGGCCAGGAUGUUCGGUUCUGGACACGGGGCCGGCGUGCCCUUGACGGUGAAGGAGGCAACCCUCGUGAGAGAACAGUGCAUCAACGAUUUCAGAGCUAAGCAACUGGCCAGACAGAAUUUGGUGCAGGAGAGGUUUGAUGCGCUCAACGCUGAGUACAAGAGCAAGAGGCUGUGGUACCUGGCCAACCAGUUCAUCUUGAGCCCAGAAAAAGAAUCGGCAUAUUUUACUAUGAGCGCCCAACUGGCCUUCAAAGUUCAUUCCCUGGAGGUCCGACUGACCCGCCACAAGGACCUGUCAGCACCCAGGUUCAAGAUGGUGGAAGACUACUUGAACAAACACCCAUUACUUAAAGAAUACAAUAGAAUGAGACAUUACUACGGUACUAAAAAGUAGAAAUCGCGGUGUAAUUU